GAGAAUUUGCUCUGAGUUGGAACUUGAUUUUUAAAAAAAGAAAGUAAUUGAAGAUACUGAUGCUUUUUUAAACACAAUUUUAUAGUAUCCCUACCUGUCAGGCAUGGGGUGAGGAGCUCUGUUAGAGUGGAACUUGCUUGUGUCUUCAAACACCAGGCAGGCUUGUGACUCAAAAGAUUCAAAGGUGGUGGGGAAGGGGGUGGGGAAGCACUUAACACGGUGCUAAAAUAACAAGACAAAGAGCUGAAAGCCUGCAAGAAGGAUGAGUCUUUACCUACCAGCGUCAUCCAAAUGCAGAAAAUCUUGAGCAAUUUCUCAUCAGGUUUUUUUACCUAGAGCCAAAUUUAUACCAGUGGAUACAGCAGCUCCUGGUGGCACUGGGGACCAGCCGAUGGCACAGCACGUUACAGUGUGCUCGCGUUACCGACCAGGGAUUCUCUCUGCAGCUACCGGUGUUUCCCAGGAAGGAGGAAAGAUAUCCUAGGUAUUUACGUCCUAGGUAUUUACGUUUGAACCCUUGUAACUGCGGUGGUGCAUGCAGUGAUUCCACACCAGUGCCAGACCAGAAGGUGCUAUGUAACAGUUCUUUUCAAGGCAGAUACCUGAGCUUUCUGACCCUGUUUGAGAUGGGAACCAGGGUGCUGCAGAAAGCAAACAGAGGAAAGGCUGAAAUAGGCCCGCUGACCCUUAGCAGUUAUUUUCUGAGCGUUUGGGAGUUUCAGUGAAGUUUUGAUAUUCUGCCAUGUUUUUGGAAGCAGGGCAUUGCCGCUGCUGGGAUAGAAGAAGCAAGCAGCAGUGAGGGGCAGAAGCUCUGGGGGCAGCAUGUGCCCUGAGCUUGGAGUAAACGCUGUGAGGAUGAAGGCCUGACCAGUAGCUGUGUAGACCUUGAAAUUCUUGCGUAACUUCCUUGCAAAUUGGUGAGCAUGGCAGGAAGGAAGCCAAAGCAUUCUGAAACACUGCUGGCUUUGGUGGACCACUCUAAGCUCCCUGCUGGUGUUCCUGCUUUUUGCAGUUGUGCACCGGAUCUGCUGGCUCCUGACUGCUUAGGCCCAGAGUGACGGAGCUGAAAGUGCUGGCUCAGUGGGAAGAUGGCUGUAAUAGGCGUUUUGGGGACGGUUGCAAGAGUAAAGCCGGAGUGUGUGGUUUGAUUAUUGGUAGACUGUGUGAGAAGGGUCAGGGCCUUGGACACCUGCGGUGUGCAGCUGUGAGCAUGCUGGGGGACGGAGAGGGCAGCUGGCAGGCUCCGUGCGAGACCAGCACUGGCACAAGCACACUCCUCUCCCCUCUGCUGCGGCAGGAACGUGACUUCCCUGUUGUUGUUUGAGCUCUGUGCUUGGGUACCUGGAGAGCCGACAGGCUGGGGAAGGGGAACGCGCUGUUUCACCCUCAAAGCUCAUAUUUUCACCAGUCAAGGGCAGUGGCUGGCUUUACCCCAUUGCCUUCCCUUUGCCUUCCGUCUCCCCCCUGCCAGGCUGAUGGCUGAGACAAGGGAAGCAGCUGCCUGUCUGAGGGACAGACUGGGUCCCCGGGGAUCUCCCCAGCCGAUCCCCUGGGUGCUGAGGCCACUAGAUGGCACCCACCAGUUGCCCAGUCCCCAGGGACAGGGACACUAGGGUGCAGCAUCCCUCCUGCUGCAGCCACCCCUGGCACUGCCAGGGCCUGAUGCCGUGGGAUGGGACCUGGCUGUGAAAAGCGACGCACAAGGAAAGCAGCAAGUAGUAUGAGAGGGCUCAGCGACCGUGGCCAAGCCUGGGUCCUGGCUGGUCCAUGUGGCCGGGGGGGCAAUGCUGUAUCUCAGGGCAGCUCACACAGGGCCUUUGGGCUCUGCAGGUGGGAGAGGUUCUGUGGGGCAGCAAGGCGGGUUUUUCUGUCCAAAAUGUUGUCUGCUGCAGUGAGCUGCUGCUGAGGUCUGGGGCAGGUUGCUGAUGCUGUCUGUAAUGAAGGGUAUGCAAGGUCAGGAGAAAAAAUAUGAGCACGCCAGCUAUUGUGUGUCCAGUGCUGCCUGUUGGCAUUAAGUUAUCUAAAACGGGAAGGAGCGUCUCUGCAAGGCCGGAAGAGCUGUGCUGGCUGGAUCUCCUGGAAAAGUGCCCAUCAGGAAGUGUUUGUGCUGUUAUUUAAAUGGUCACUACUUUCUUAAAACCAAGGAGGGAUGUUUUGCUUCCAGAGAGGUUGGGUGGUUGCCUGCAGCCCUGGGAACCAGCUACUCCCAGCUGUGCUUCUGCUGAAGCUUCUAGAGCUUUCUCAGCUGCGUAGGCCAAAUCUCACUUGAGUUUUGUUUUCAUGCACCUGCUUUGUUUUUAAUUAAAGCUUGGCUACUGAAGCACAACUUCCCAGUCCCAGAGUACAGGGAAAGUUUUUGUAAACACUGGCAUUAUGUCUUGUUUUAACAAUCCCCAGGCUUCUCACGAGUCCUGGAGCUGAGUUAACAAACAGGUUGAUUUAGCAGCUCUCAAUGCCAAGAGGGAGCUGCUGUGCCUCUGGGCAGCAUCGGUGCCAUUGGCGGCUUGCACCGGCUCAGCCGGGUGGAUGAGCCAUUGCCACUCCAGCCAGACAAGCCCCACUGCUCAGCGCAGGUUAUGCUUGCUCCUGAGUGCACGGUCCUUGCAUGGCUGCAGCUUUACAGCUGCUGCAGCUCUUACUCGAGCGAGGCCAGCACAGCACACGCUGUUUUUCUCGCAGAGGAAGUGGGCUCCGAGAGGCUGCAGGAGCCGAGCAGGGCUCCCCAGCCCCUGCACCCUUCCCCACCUCACAGCGUCUUAGCACGGGGAGCCAGAGACUGCGAGCACUUCUGCAAUUCAAGUGCCUGGGAUAUGCGGAGAGCUUAAGCAGCUGAACAGGGUGGAGUCCUUUCCCCUCUCAGUGCUGUGCCAGCGGUCCUUGUCCUGUCAGUGGCGGAGAUCUGCUCCACAAAUCUCACCUUGCUGAAGGUGAGGGCAGUGCUCCGUUUAAUGCAAUGCUUGGUGCCAAUUUCUCCUCAGAAAAUCCUCAGGGAAAACCCAGGCGGAACCUUUGCCUGCUGGAGGUCUCGGGAGGGGAUGACAAAGCCGAUCGGUCAGCAGUUACUCAUGCUGGCAUGGACACUGCCUCUGCACAGAGGCCAGGCUGAGAGCGUCAGCACUAGGUCCCACGCAGGAUCCUCAUGUUGCUCUGAUGGGGGCAACUAAAUAGAAAUUGGAGAGUUCCUUCCAGGGAGCAGUCUUGGUCUUGGUCUCCUCACCUUUGAAACACUUCUCAACGAUAUGACUAUUGGCUCAGCCAAGGGAUCUGCUGAGAAGAGCCCAGUCUCUGGUCCCAGUUUGGAAGGGUUGAAUCAAGUGGUGCCUCUGAAGCCAUGGAGAUUGCUCAGCAUCUCACCCUGCAGGAGCAGGAGCUGUUCCUGCAAAGCCUGAGGGUGAUGAUGCUUCCUCCAGCUUUUGCUUUGCUGCCCAGGCUGAGGAGAGAUCCCUGUUUGCCCUUUGCCUCAUGCUUUUCUGGAAGAGCCUCUACCUGGAGAAUGAAGUAACCAAGCAUAGAUCCAAAGUGGUGGUGGGUUUUGUGAUGGUUGUCAGAUGCAGCAGGACCCACUCUGCUGUGCCUGGAGCAGUGGGAGCUGUCUCUUCCCUACCUGCAGGUCUGGCUUCCUCCUGUGGUCCUGGGCAGGAAAAAUUGCCAGCCAAACUGGAGAGCAACUGGCAGGCGGGAAGGCUGCAGCCAUGGCCGUGGUGGUGAGGAGAGAAACAAAAUAGGGUCCAGCUGGGACCCUGUGGAGCUACUGCCCAGUGACCAGCAGGGUUUAAAGAGCAUUUCCUCACGUGAUGGAGGAAAAAAGGAACAGCUACAAAGGAGGCAGCCAUGGGGUAACAUCUCUAGGAGCUGCCAAAGCAAAGUCCUCUGCAUUGCCAUCAACCUUGUGCAGCUCUCCCAGUGCAGUUCCUUUCUCUGUCCCUCUCCAGCCCCUCUCCCUAAUCCUCCAUCCUUCAAACCCUCCCCAACAUCCCUCCGUCUUUCCUGUCUUCAUUCAGCCAAUGCCCCUGAAAUAAAAGUAAAAAAAACUGUUUGAAGUGUAACUGCUGUUUGGUCACCUGUGGUUUAAGUGGUGAGCUGUGCGUAGGCUGGCUGCCGGCGCGUGCUUAUGCAGCACUCUGCCCCCAGCCUCGCUGAGCGUGCAGGGCUCGGCGCUGCCUCUCCUUGCCAGACUGCAGAGCCUCUUGCCCAUGGUGCCGGGGUCUGCCAGAGCCACCCACCCUGGCUGCUAACUGCACAGCCCAGCCCAGCUGCGGCGUUCCCAUUCUCUGGGCUUGCAAAAAUUCUGCUUGAACGGAUGUGAAAAAAUGACUUUUUUGGCUUGUGAAUUUGACUUGUUGCAGUUAGAUCAUUGGGAAGUGUGAGCAUCGCUGGAGGUGCGGACACAGCACCACUGCAGGGUAUGAACACCCCACUCUGCCUUAGGAACAGUAUUACGUGAUGGCUUGUGACGGACAGAGAUGCUGUAUUUGAGCAGAAAGAAAAUGUAGAGAGAAGAUUGGGUUUUGUGGGUUUUAGUGAUCCUGGCCCACACACUUCAGUGAAAAACAUUUUACAGUGGGGUGGUUAUUGCGGGGACCUGGCAGGUCUCGGCUGGGCCUGAACGGUGCUGGAUGUGGCUUGGCCCAAGGGGAUAUUUUCUUAUUAGAACCCCCUUGAUUUCAAAAUUGCCAAAAACUUGUCAAAACCGUUGAUUUCCCGAGGCUUCUGUAAGUAUGGGAAUACAAAUACUUCAUUUCUGCACCUCCAGUCCCGUGUCGGUGCCUGUGAGCAGACGCAGAGGGGCUCCACGCUGGGUACGUUUUUACCAGCGUUUCAUGCACAUCUGCGGUGUGCAUGUGUGGGCCUUGGCUCCUGGCGCUUCCCGCUGUGGGCAGCCGCUGGGGCAUGGCCGCAUCCUGCAGCCUGCACCGGGCCCUCCUGUCCCUGCGCGUGCCUGGCCGCCUGGUGUUGGCAGAGCAGCCCUCCAGUGGCACGCUGGCGUAGUCCGUGGUCUUAGCACUGGUCAUGGCACUGGGGCUUGCUUUACACAGGUUUCCUCUGCCCUGCUGACCCUUUUCCCUUGCCUCAGUUUCCCCUUUUAGCAAGAAGUCUGCCUGUGCCUGUAGCAGCAGCUGCAGGGGUGCCUGUCCGUGCUUGCACACACUGUUUUGCACAGGGGAUGGAGAAGGGCCCCAGCGCCUGCCGGGAGCUGUGUCUUGCUGCACUCUCGCUCCCCAGCGUGCAAGAGGGAGGUCCGAAGGAGGCUGCCGCUCGCUCGCCUGGGCUCCGCGAGGACAAGGGGCUGAUCCCCUCCCUGCUCGCAGGGCUUGCACGUAGCAGCCUGCAUGUCUGUGGAGCAGCUCCUGCCGCCCUGGCCGGGCAGGUUCCUCCAGCUGCGCCGUGCAGGCACCACUGUGGCCGUGUCCCCGCAGACAAGGUGUGGAGUGAGCCCAGCCAGCAGCGGCUGUGGGAGCUGCUCCGGUGCCAUCCUCUGCCAUCCUCUCCGGUGCUGCCAGCUGCUGGCCCGUCCCCAGGCUGUGCCCGGUGGCAGAGAAGAGCUGGGAAGGCUCUUGGCUCCCAGCUGCUUGGCCAUGGCCAGUGAAGAGGAACACCUGUCGGCUCUCUCGGAUAACCAGGUAAAGGCAUGUGCAUCCAGGAAACCCUCUGGAGAGACCUGGGAAAGCUGCUGCCAAAUGCUGCAGACCCUGGUCAGGCUUUGGGGGCUUCCUUCAUGCUGGAGAUGGGGAGCAGCGCUAUGGGGGUGCUGCAAAAGGUGGCCGCGGCAAAGGGGUCCCAGCUGCCUGGCCCAGGGCUUUGCAGGCUUGUGCUGGGCAGGGCCUGAGCGGCGCUCCUGCUCCGCUGUCUCUGCGUGACUCACCGGCCCUGGGAGCCAUCCAGCUCCGGCAGCCCCGCUGGUUCCUCCAUGGCAGCCCCUUGCCGCCUGGGAGCCGCUCUCGGCAGCACCGCCCGGAGCAGGACGCGGCUUCUUGGCGCUCCCCAGCCCUGGGCAGGGGAAACCUGGGUGCCACGGUGAGGCGAGCUCAGGAGGAUGCAGCAGGGAAAACCCCUCGUGCAGCCAGCGCCGAGAGGCCCGUCCCAUGCAGCUGCGCCGCAGGACUGGCGAGGAACCAACCGCUGGCCCCACCACUUUGCCCACCACCAGCGAAGGGCUUCAGCUCCUGGGCACAGCCUCUUGGGGAAGACACUUCUGCCUCAGCUCUACCGGCUCCACGGUGACACGUUGGCACCGGCCACCCGCUGCUGCUUCAGCCAGGGACGCCCAAGGGAGUGGGUCCACCUGUGCUCCGUGUCCUCCCAUGCCGUGGGGCAGCUGAGGCUCCCCCUGUGGCCCCGCUGCCGGACACCUGAGCCCCUGCCCUCAACCUCUCUCCUUCAGGUCUUCGUGCUGACGUGCAUCUACCUGCCGGCCUCGCUGCUGAGCCUCCUGGGCAGCGGAUCGGUCCUUGCUGUCACCUCCUGGCAGAGGCAAUGCUGCCACAUCCAGCUUCGCCCCCUUUUCCUCCUCGCCCUGGCAGAUUUCCUGGCUGCUGCUGUGCUGCUGAGCACAGCCACCAUCCAGCUGCUGCCAGCCCCGCUCUUCAUCCUGGCGUACGCUGCCUGCCCCUAUGGACUGAUGCUGGCCACGACCUUCUAUGCAGUCUCAUUCCUGAUGGUGGUUGUCUACGCGUAUGAAGCCUACCGCACUGUCCAAGGCUGGAGAGCCUGGCACGUGGCAGCUCUGCAGGAGCGAAGCAGGUGCCUGGAGAGCAUGUGGCAGGGGCUGCCCUACAUCCUGGCCUGGCUGGUGCCGGCGCUCACGCUCCUGGGACAGCUGAUCGCGCGUGGCACCUCCUUCACCGACAUUGCACCAAGGCACAUGGACCCCAUCGUGCCAUGGAAAGGCAACAGCUCCCACGAGACCUACAGCCUUUACUGCUCCAGCUGCUUGCUCCUCAUCCACCGCGCCCAGGAUAUCUGCUACAAGUAUGUAGGUAGGAAGGAUGUGGGCCUGGAGGAGAAGAUCAUCUUCUUCUUGUACCUGCUGCUGGUGCUCAGCUGCUGCACGCUCCUGUACCACAGGGUGAAGCUUUGGUGCCGGAGGAAUGCCGCGGCGCCCUUGCUGACCUUGGAGAAGGAUGGCUUUGCUGGCAGGAGCAUCCGCAGCGUCACCAAAAUAUCUCACUACUUCCAGCUGGUUUUCCUGCUCUGCUGGGCACCAGCUUUCCUCCUCACCCUCCUCUCCUUCACCAGCAUCAAACCUGCCUCCGUCUUUGUCCUCUAUGUUGCUACAGCUCUGACCGUCUCCCUCCAGGGAUUCCUGCACAGUUUGGUCUACGGCUGGCUGAGGCAAAACUUCCGUCAGGAGGUGGUGGGCAAGAGACCCUCCCUGCAGCACCAGGGGCUCAGAGCUUACUACGAUGAGUCCCUGGGGGCUGUUCCCUAG